AUGAUGCGCGGCGCGCGGAAUGCGACCAUUGUCCCCCAUGGGAAACACCUCAGCAUCGAGCCUCCAAGCAUCAACUUCGAGAACAUCGAAGCCAACAUGAAGUAUAUUCAGACGCUGGUGGUCAGAAAUCUCAGCACCUAUGUGAAGCGCAUUCGCUUCCAGGUGCCAAAGUCACAGGAGUUUCGGAAUGAAAUUGGAGUUGCUCCCGGACUCUCAGUGUCCGUAGAUGUGGAGUUCCUCACCAGAAAAGUCGAUGACUUUUUCGACAAGCUAGUGGUUGUUGCGGAGGACUUCCGAGGUGAAGUGGAGCUUUGUGCUCAACGACCUCAGGAAAAGGUGAUCCACUCAGUGCACGCGAUGAAGAGAGUUGCAUGGGGACACAGGUCUGUGGUGGGCAACUGUCAUAUUGAUCAGGCCGACCGCAAGAAGAACGAGCUGCCUACAGAGGAGUUGAACCCGGCCUUGCCGAAGCUAGAGACUUCUUCUGUGGUGCCGAGCAUCAAGGUGAGUCCGGACAUGCUACACUUUGGGCAGUGUCCAGUGAACCACCGGCGAGACAUCGUUCUGCGGAUCACCAAUAGCAGCCCACCAAAUACUUCUGUAGAGUUUGAGAUCCCGCGUGUGUCUCACAUGCGGGUGCACCCGAUGAAGGGCAAGCUUGCUGCAGGGCAAAGCACCAACGUUGUGGUGUCCUUCAUGCCAAAGGCACUCGGGAAGUACAACCAGGACAUCUCCAUCAAGUAUGGCAACAGUCAGUACUCCCACACUCUGCACUGCUAUGGGGAGGCGCCUGUGCUGGGUGAAAAGCCAGUGCCAGUGAAAGGCCUGGAAAGAACUGGCAGAGACUUCGAUCCAGAGUACAUCUAUGUCAACCAGGAGCAGCUGAACUUGCCGCCCAAAGCUCGCAACCUUCAAAGCCUGACAAAGAUCAUGAAGGAAGAUUUGGAGAGAAACCAGUACUCAUCUGAUGCACUGGAUUCGAUCAUGAUGGAUUUGCCGGAACCUACGCCGUACUCCCUAUCUCCUUCCGCUAUGCAGGAGUAUGUCAGAAACAAGCAGCGCUAUAACAAGCUCCUCAAGGACUCGAGAAUAAGAAGAAAGAUACGACAAAAAGAAGAGCUGCAUCCGUCUGAGCCAGUAGAUAUAUUCUACGAGGAUGAUGUUAACAUGGGCAUGCUGCCUGGAUCAGGGCUCAAGAGUCCACGAUACAAUGUGUGCGAGAUUCCGGUCGACAAGCUUCAUCUGGAACGGGCACUGGAUGAUGACAGUGCCGCAGAAGGAGUGACCGGUCACCGUUAUAUGCAUGAUGAGAACAAGCUUAUCAAGAAGAAGUACAAGGCUGGACCCACCACUCAGGCUGAAGUGCGGGAAUGCUCUGCAAGCCUUGAGACCUGGCAGUUGGGCUUGAUCUCCUUCGGCCCCGCAGUUUUAGACUUUGGAAACGUCUAUGUCAAGUCCACGGUGGUGAAGUCCUUCUCAGUCUUCAAUGACCUUCCACAGGCCAUUCUGGUGGCCAUGCAAUAUGAUGCGGAGGAGUUGAGCCGAUCCACCCCAACCUCGCAGGUGGUGCCCUCUGCACAUGCUGCUGGUUUUGAUGUCUCAGUGUGCUCUGCCACGCCGCAGAACUUUCAGAGACAGGUGGUCUAUACCAUCAAUGGUAUCCACCCCUACAAGUUGCUUGUCAAGGCCACCAUCACACCGGUGCAGAUCCGCAUGUCCCGGGCGGAUCUCAACUUCCGCUUCAGCGAGGACAGCCUUGAAAAGACUUUGUCGGAAAAGCUCAUGCUGGACAAUCCGGGCAACGCUCCUGCGAAGUUCAGCUGGCAGGGUGCGAACCAAUCCUUCGCCGUCUCACCGGUGAGCGGUGUGAUUCCUCGUGGCGGUUCUCAAGGGGUUGAGGUGAUUUUCACUCCGCCCAACAGUGGGCAGACAAUGGAGGGCUACUUGACCUUGAAGGUGGAGGAUGGCAACGACCACAGCCUACGCUGUGUCGGGCAAGCCCCUGAAGCGACACUGAACUUUGGCGUGAAGAGGUUAGACCUUGGCGUAUUGGCUGUGGGGCUACCAGCAGAUCGUUCCAUUCCCAUUGUGAAUGGUGGCAAGAAUGUGGCGGUCUAUCAUGUGGACAGCGUGCCAGACGGGGUUGGCAUUUCUCCAAUGCGGGGGCGAGUCUUGCCAGAGGGACGGGCUGAGAUCGAUGUCCACGUGCUUCUUGAUAGGCCGAUGCAGCUGGAGUCUGCAGUGACCCUGAAUGUCCGUGGAGGCAAGCCGAUUCGAUUGCCGAUCAUGGCAACUGCAGUGAACCCUAACAUUGAGUUCAUGGAGGAUGAAAUCGAGUUUGGCCAACUGACACUUGGAGCACAAGGUGUCGUCCCCAUCUCCUUGAAAAAUUCUUCGGCUGUGGAAGGGACGCACUAUGUCAAUCUGCAGCCGUACCCCGAGUUCAGCCUAUCCCUCUUGGAAGAGCGGCAAGAUACCGUCUAUGACGCAGAUUAUGAUGCAAACGCCUUGCAGCCGAUCUCUUUGCAGCAGUAUCAGCUGGCCAUUGGUGGCGUUACAGAGGCCCAAGCUGCACCGUCUGCCACCAUCGGCAACAAGACGGCCCUGAUGGGUGCAACCCAAAAUGCGACACAAUUGGGCACGCAGAACGAAGACGAAGAUGAAGAAUCCAACUCCCAAGUCUACAAGAUCACCGUCUGA